AUGAGAUGUGUACUACGAAGAAGGACUGAAGGAGCCCAGGCGCGCACCAGCCGUCAGGGCCCGCUUAUCCCGACACCGACAAGCGACAAGGCCGCCGCCCCAGAGGCCAGCCAGAGCCCGCCCGACCACGGGCAAGUGGGUGAGCGUGGGAAGGAAAUGAUUGAGGGCGCGGCGCAUCACUUCCGCUCCCCCUCACCCCGCUGCGCGCCUCCGCUCCGUCGUCCUCCGCGGAGGCUGGCUGAGCCGGCCGCGCAGCGCAGGCGCCGUGGGCCUCCUCGAGCCGCUAAAGAUAAUCAGAACAAGCUGUUCGAGAGUUUGCUGGCAAUAUAUGACGAAGACACACCAGACCGCUGGCAGAAGAUUGCACAGGCAGUUGGCGGUGGAAAGUCAGUUGAGGAUGUGAAGAGGCACUACCAUAAGCUGCAGACGGACCUUCAGGACAUUGAAUCUAGAGGAGGCUGUCAAGGAUCCAACCGCAGUAGCUCUGGUGGUAGCAGCAGCAAUGGCAGUUCUUGGUGCAAGACCAAUGAUGACAAGAGUCACUUGAGUUUGAAGCUCGUUUGGUCGAUUCCUUACUUUAUUUGUUCCAUUGUCCACCUAGAUUAUCUUUCUCACCCUAAUAUGCGACAUACCUUUUUAGCUUACCUAAGUGUAUGCACACGUGGGCCCAGUCUUGACUAUCCUUAUCAUAUGUUUUCCAAAAGGAUGAGGUACCUCAAACCGCAGUGAAUGUGGUCUUGUCAUGGAAGAGCUUAUCCCUAGAGCGUGAAGCAGCAAUCGGUCCUGCGAAGCAUGAUUGGUGCUUUACGAAAGAUGAUGUUACCUAUGCUAUUUCGUGGCUUCCAUCCAUGUUUAUGUGUGUACAAAUAUCAUCUUUGUCUUCCAUUAUCUAAAAAAGAUAUAUCAUCUUUGAGAUAUGGUGUAAAAGACAGCUGUCGAUAGUAGACAAGUAUACACAAUAGUAGUAACAUAGUUAUGGCCGGUUUGCUGUAUUCUACUACCUGACAGUGGUGUGCAGUGUGCUAUGCGCUGGUGAUAAUAAAUCUGCGGUUCCUUCCUUGUGUGUA